CUGGUGUGAGAGCUGUAGAGGCAGACAUAAGGCAUACACACACAUACUCACACACAUGCACAUCCCACUGCCGCGGCUCGUCGCUGCUACUGCAGCCGGUGCAGAGCAGGAGACUCGCAGCAUUCCCUCCAUCACACGCAGGCGGAAUGGCUUGAGAUCAGACAUCGUGGACUCGUCUCGCUUGGCUCACGCACGAUGAUUUUCUGACUGAGUAUGCGUGCGUGCGUGCGUGCGUGCGUGUGUGUGUGUGUGUGUGUGUGUGUGUGUGUGCGUGUCAGCCCGCCUUGCCGCGAAUUGCUGCAGUGCUGUUUUUCCAGGUGUGCGAAUGUGUGUGUGAGUGUGUAAGCGUGUGUGUGUGUGCGUGUAAGAGUGUGUGCAUGGUGUUGUAGCCUGGUGUAAUUCUCUUACGAAUUGUACUAAGCCGGGGAACGGAGUCUGAUGUCACAUGUGCUUCAUCGGAGGAGACGGGGCAUCUGCAAGCUGGAUUUUGUGGAGGAUGCUGCGGCAAGUGAUACACAGAGGGCUCAAGGCUUCAUUCUACUGGCUGGGCUUAUUCGUUAGCAGACAUCCCGUUUUCUUCCUCACCGUCCCCGCGGUGCUCACCAUCAUUUUCGGAUCUACAGUGCUGAGCCGAUUCAAGCCAGAGACGGACCUGGAGGUACUGGUCGCCCCGACUCACAGCCUCGCCAAGAUCGAGCGGAGUCUCGCUAACAGCUUGUUUCCAAUCGACCAGUCAAAGCACAAGCUGUACUCGGAUUUGCACACCCCGGGCAGAUACGGCAGGCUGAUCCUGCUCGCCAAGUCCGGGGGGAACAUCCUGGAGCUGGCCGAUCAGGUCCUGCAGGUCCACAAGCAGGUGUUGGAUUUGCGCGUCAAUUACAAGGGAUUCAAUUUCACGUUCGCGCACCUCUGCGUCUUGAGCCACAGGGACAAGCGCUGCCUCCUGGAUGAUAUCAUCACCAUCUUCGAAGACAUCAGGCAGGCUGUGCUUUCCAACAGCACUUUCCACAAGGUGCCCAUUAGUUAUCCGAACACAACAUUAAAGGAUGGCCGUGUGGCCUUUAUCGGGCACCAGCUGGGCGGCGUGUCCUUCUCACCCAACAGCCGUGACCAGCAGGUCAAGUUUGCUCGUGCUGUCCAAAUCACAUACUACCUCCGAAAUCACGGACCCGUGGUGCAGGAUGCUAUUGCAGAGCGCUGGGAGAAUGAGUUCUGUGCCCUGGCCAGUCAACUGUCCACAGCCGAGGUCCCCCAUGCACCAGACCAGCUCCACAUCCAGUCACUCACAUCCUUCAGUCUGUGGCGGGACUUCCACCAGACAGGCCUGCUGGCCAAGGGUGAGGUGUUGGUCAGUCUGGUGCUGGUGCUCCUGGCCGCCACCAUCUCCAGCUCUAUGCGGGACUGCCUAAGGGGGAAACCUUUCCUGGGACUCCUGGGUGUGCUGACCAUCUGCAUUGCCAAUGUGACAGCUGCAGGGAUCUUCUUCAUAUCAGAUGGGAAGUUCAACUCUACACUACUGGGGAUACCAUUCUUUGCAAUGGGUCAUGGAACCAAAGGGGUGUUUGAGCUGCUGGCAGGCUGGAGGAGAACCAGGGAAAACCUCCCCUUCAAGGAGCGAGUUGCAGACGCGUUUGCCGACGUGAUGGUGUGCUACACUAUGACCAGCUCACUCUACAUCAUAACCUUUGGCAUGGGAGCUAGCCCUUUUACUAACAUCGAGUCUGUGAAAAUCUUCUGUCAGAGCAUGUGUGUGGCCAUUCUGGUCAACUACUUCUAUGUUUUCUCUUUCUAUGGCUCCUGCCUGGUGUUUGCCGGACAGCUUGAGCAGAACCGCUACCACAGUGUUUUUUGCUGUAAAAUCCCCUCAGUGGAGUACCUGGACCGCCAGCCCACGUGGUUUAAAACCAUGAUGAGUGAUGGCCACGACCUGUCCACACACCAUGACAGUGUACCAUACCAGAAUCACUUCAUCCAACACUUCCUGCGAGAGCACUACACGGAAUGGAUUACCAACACCUAUGUCAAACCAUUUGUGGUCAUUCUCUAUCUUAUUUAUGCUUCUUUCUCAUUCAUGGGAUGUUUACAAAUCAGUGAUGGAUCAAAUAUUGUGAACCUGUUGGCGAGUAACUCUCCAAGUGUUUCGUACGCUCUGACCCAGCAGAAGUACUUUAGUAACUACAGUCCAGUGAUUGGAUUUUAUAUUUAUGAACCCAUUGAGUACUGGAACUCCACAGUGCAGGAGCACUUGAAGACUUUGAGUCACGGUUUCAACAAGAUCUCCUGGAUGGACAACUUUUUCCACUACCUGCGGGUAGUGAAUGUGAGUGCGUCAACUAAGAACGACUUCAUCACCAUCCUUAAAGGUUCCUUCUUGCGCAGCCCAGAGUACCAGCACUUCACAGAGGACAUCAUAUUUUCCAAGAACAGCGAGACUGAUGAAUACGACAUCAUUGCUUCGAGGAUGUACUUGGUAGCGCGGACCACUGAGAAGAAACGUGAGGAGGUGGUGGAGCUUUUGGAAAAGCUUCGGCCCUUGAUGCUGAUCAACAGCAUCAAAUUCAUUGCCUUCAAUCCAACGUUUGUGUUCAUGGACCGGUACAGCUCCUCUGUCAUCUCCCCCAUUUUGACCUCAGGCUUCAGCGUACUCACCAUGCUCAUCCUCACUUUCUUCCUGGUCAUCAACCCAUUGGGAAACUUUUGGCUCAUCCUCACAGUUACAUCCGUGGAGCUGGGUGUCUUGGGUUUGAUGACUCUCUGGAAUGUCGGCAUGGACAGCAUCUCAAUCCUGUGCCUUAUUUAUACCCUCAACUUUGCCAUGGAUCACUGUGCACCACACCUGUAUACUUUUGUGCUGGCCACCGAGCACACUAGGACGCAGUGCAUCAAGUUGGCUCUGGAGGAGCACGGGGCUGCCAUCCUGCAGAACACAUCCUGCUUUGUGAUUGGGAUCAUGCCCCUGGUGUUUGUGCCUUCCAAUCUGACCUACACACUGUUCAAGUGCUCCCUCCUCACCGCGGGCUGCACUGUGCUGCACUGCUUUGUCAUUUUGCCUGUCUUCCUGACCUUCUUCCCGCCGUCCAAAAAGAGGCACAAGAAAAAGAAACGGGCCAAGCGGAAAGAGCGGGAGAGGGAAAGGGAGCGGGAAAGAGAAAGGGAAAGGGAAAGGGAGGAGAUAGAGUGCAUUGAAGUCAGGGAGAAUCCGGAUCACGUGACAAACGUCUGAACAGUUUGUAAGGAUAGCAGUCAAUAGUAGUGCUGGUACCUCUUGAGGUGCAGGGGAAUAUGACAUGACCCCUGAGGAGUGAGAGGUCAUCACUCCUGGCCAAUAGCAGCUAAGCUGGCCAGAAGAGAGUGCAGCCCUACUGGUCAGUCCUGUAGUCCUUCAGUCUGGACAGUGUAUCUCAUUUGCACAAACUGCAACACGGUCAUGGUUCUAAGGCUCUUUUCCAACUCUUUGGUAUAUAGAAACAAGUUAGUUAGCAGAACACAUGCUUGCUCAAUCUGUAAGUAAAUCCUGAACACACAGUAUGUUAUUCCAUUUAAAUAUUAGCAAUUCUGUGUUUGUCUCCUGCAGCCCUCUCUCAAAACGAGUGAGGAUCAUAGCAGUCUGUUAAGCCAAGGACAUUCAAACAAGUUGGCAAAAGCAGCAAGAGCGAUAAAGAGUGUACAAAUUAAAACUGUGCAAACAACGACUGUGCACACAUAUUACUCCUCACACCUUGAUAAAGGUGAAAAGAAACAAAGCCAAAUUGUGUGGAAAGAGAGAAACAGUGGGCUGAAAGCACACUGCAUGCUUUUCUGUAUCAUUAUAAAUAACCGAACAGCUGAACUGGGCAGAUGGCAUACACUGUGUCCAUUAUGAAGAAUUAUCUUGCACAUUGCAGUGUGUGAUUAGAACUGUCAAGGUUUAUAUAAGCGGGAAGCAAAUAUUUCUGCUUUAAUUCAGAGGUUGUAUCAGGUCUUAGGCAACAGCAGAAGGAACUGCAGUGGGCUGCAGCAUAUGAAGAGGAAGUGAUAAGUGACAGUCAUGCAGGAGUCUUUGAGAAGGCAGUAAGCCUGAUUCUUAGAGUAUGACUUAACUAAAUCAUAAACUGCUUUUGAACCCAAGCAGCAAAACCAAAAGUAAAGAGUGUUUCCGAGGCUUGAAACGUCGAACUUCCUACCAGAAAAUGUUUCUGUUACUGAAAUUGGAAGGUCUGAAGAUGAGUCAGCACAGCGGUGGUGCCAAACAGUGUACAGAACAAAAGUCUUGGCAAGAUUGAACAUUUACAUGAAGUCACGAGUUAUUUGAGCUUAUUUAAGGAUUGCUGGUUGAUGUUGCCCAGGUUGUGAUGGAAAUUAUAGCACAGGCUAUUUGUAAAAUAUAGUGUCAGUGUGAAAAGAAGACAAAAGAAUCUAGCUGUUGUUGCACAAGUAGGAAAACAGAAAUCCGGAAAGCAAGAGUUAUUCAGAGGUCAAGUUAAAGAAAUUGUUAAUGAGUUAUUCCAUCAAGGUUACAGAAAGUAGCGGGCAACAGUUAGCAUGGGAAGUGACAACAACACUGUAAAAAUGAGGGUGUAGACCAUUACUGCCACCUGCAGGGUUGAAGCUGGUCUUGUCAGUAUAGUAUCAGUGCAUUUGGCUCUAAUCCUUCAAAAUAAAAUUCCAUCAAAAAUUUGAGUUGUCCUCUGCAAAUACCCUUUUCAAAAUUCACUUUUUGAAGUGCAAAAAUGGCUCCCGUCUCCCCCAGAAUAUAAACAGAAUUAUCUAUGUCUGCCAAGGCCCGAUAAGGAUCUCUGUUGCAGGCCCCAAAACAAACACACCCAAGGUCAGCUGCCCUCAAAGAUACCAAUCACGCUCUGACCUCUAGCGGGCAGGUCUUAGCUGGUGGCAUGUGAUAGAGAGACCCCAUAUGUGAGCAGAUGUGGCUGAUUAAAGGCCAAUAUCUUCUUAGGGGACAAGCUGCUUCUUACAGGGCUGUCAUUGAGGGGACACUGCUGUUUCAUCCCUUUGUGCUGACAUCAAGAAAGUGACUCACACAGGGAAAAUAAUCAGGCAGCUUGGGGGGUGGGGAGGUAAGAAUGUUCAUUUGGACCAAAUGUCAGUGUGAAAUAUGUGUAUAUGUUUGCGAAAUGAGUGCAUACAUCUGUGUGAUGAAUGGCUCGUUCUCAAAAACACUAUUAAAAUGACCUCAUGUGUAAAUCAGUGAACGAAUGAUAGACAAUUGUGGAAAGGAGACUUCAGCCUGUAUUACUUUACCAUGAAUGCAUAUUUAAAGUUUCUGCUAUUUGAAAACUGGUGUAGUUUCACUUUCAUCAACCAGGCCCUACUAAGAAAUGAUGAGUUUUAUACAAGCUUUUCGCUGCAGCAGCUGCAGUCUUAUGUAAAAGCCAUGGUGUGUAUAUAUAGCAAGAAGGCAUGAAACGUUGACAGAAAUGCAAAUGAAAUGGGAAAGAAAUGCAAAUCCCAUAUCAAUUUACUUCCCAGACUGGACUGUGUUUGCAUGGCACUGUAUUGUAUGUAUGCAUGUAUUUAAUUUCUCUCUCUCUUUUUUCUGUUAUUUUGCUACAGUGUAGUGACUUAUGUUUGUUGUUUGGAAUGCAUACUCUGUAACACCAUGUGCUGCAAAAAAACAAAAUGCGUCAUACUUGUUUCAAAACAAAAGCCAGAGGAUAUUUCAUGUGUAAUAUAGCUGUAAAUUACUCUUUUCUAUAUUUUUUAAGAAAACAAAUAUACUAUAGAAAGAUUUUUAAUGACAAAUUUUCUUAAAAAAGCAAAAAAAAAACCAAAAUAAAAACAAAAAAGGGGAAAAAAUGUUGAACACAGUAGGCCAGUAAUAAACAGUGGAAUGUUACCAGUAUACUAGAUCGUAUUUCUUGCAAACUGCAGUGUCAAUGUUGAUGAAUCACGUUUUUAUAUGAGAAACUGUGGCCACCAUUUAUUGUUUAUGUGUCUUGACUCCAUUAUAAUCUUUACUUGGUACUCACAUUUAAGGAAAUCGAACCUUAAACAGCCCUUUGUCAGUCUUCUGAACAAUCUAUCAAGCUUUGUAAUGAUUACUUUGAACAGAAAACCUAGAUUAGAAAUUUACAGAAUAUUGGGAAUAAUGUUGUGAUGAACAUCUAUUAUAGUUUGCUAUGUGACAAGUCAAGCUUAGCAGCAAAAAUAUAAAUAUCUAGCUUAACUCUUCUGGAACAUUGGUCCUAAAUAUUAGUGUCCGCUUACUGUAUGGAACCUGCCAUCACUGCCUGACGAGCUGUUGUUUGCAUCAUAUCCACAUUCAAUGCUUUUUGGCUUUUUUGUAAUGACUUUAAUACCCAGUGCCGUCUGUUUCAGCUAAAGUCUGCUCAAAAGGGAUACUAAAAUAUAAAUAGAAAUGAAUCUUCUAUGACAACAUGUAGAGUCUUUCCAGUGGAAUGCUGUAUCUUAAUAGUUUAGUUUUUAAGAAGGAAACCUGAGAGGAGCCCUGCGUUGUUUUGAUAAUGUAAAAAGUCCUUUGAAAACCCCAAAGCAACAGUCUGUGAUGUUCUUACACUAUCUGGGCCCAUUCUCAUAUAUACAGCUCCAUUUAAGAAAUGCAAAAUAAUGACCUGUAAAUAUUUAGGGCUGGGUUUGGGUUUUGUUUUAGCAAAAUGCUGAAUAGACAAAAUUUAAUAUGUAUAUAUAUAUAUAUAUAUAUAUAUAUAUAUAAAUUAAAUAUAUGCUAGAUGAAAAAAAAAGCCAACAUCCUAAAUGGGUCAGAGGCUGACAACUUGGGGUUAGGUUCCAUUUUAGUUGAUGUUACAGUUCAAAUAAAUUCCCUUAUUCUGGUAUAAGAGCUCUAUUUGCCCAAAAUAGGGUCUUGAAAUAUUCCAUUUAAGGGGUAGAUGUGAAACUAGGUAUAAUCUUACUAGUAAACAGAUUGUCAACAGCUUGGUGGAUGUAGAAGGUCAGCAUUCUGAGGUCUAAGCCAUCAUCAGAAUGCUAUAUUAUCAGAAUGCCAUUUUUGUUCUUUGAAAAAAUUGUUCUCUCAACCUUGGCUAUAAAAGGAACAACAACAAACUAAAAACUGUCUGAUUUAAAUUUUUGCUUGUCCCCUAACUCCCAGGGUUGGAGGACAAGUUGAUGAUGGCUUAAAUCUCAAAGGGUUAUUGUGUGGCUCAUUCAUGUUGGUGAUAGUUUCUGGACAUUGGUGGCGCUCAGUGGCACAGAAGAAAUAAAUGAAUUAGUGCUUGGAUACAAUAUAUGCAUUACUUUUUAUAAUUUUGGUUUGCAUUGAGUUUGAUUAGAAAAGAUACAGAACUUUGCUAGUCUUGGUCUUUCAUUAAUAAACUCACAGAGGAUAUGCUCUUAAAGGUAGUGCACAAUAUGUGUUUAUUCACAUUUUGAUCUGAGCACAUGUGCCUACGCAUAUAUAAUUCAUUUGUACUGUUAUUUAAAAUACAGGAGUGUUGUGCAUUUUCUAA